AUGAACAACUCUCGGGGUGGUUCAUUAGAAUUUUGUCGCAUUAACAAAAUGGCUGAUGGCAAAAAGAAACCUGUUGGUUCGGAGUAUGAAAAAGACGAAAAGCAGGCAGAAUUAAGAAAGCUGGCUGGAGCUUUAGAAAGUUUUUUGAAAGACUUCCCUGGAUCAAAUAAGAAGCAAGAAGAAUCAAUUUCGGUACCGACCAAUGAAAAGGAACUCAAUGCAUCAGAAUCUGAUAUCCCACCUCCAGCUAUUCAAAAUAUUAGAAAUAACACAGACACGCUAAUUCAUGAAGAAUGGCAAUCACAAAAAGACCCACAAGAACUAAACUUAAACGACAACACCCAAUCAAGUCCAAGUACAAGCAAGAAGAGACUGUUUGUUGAAAAGGAGGACCCCAUUUCUAAUUUAAGGAUAUGUAAGGAAAUUUGUGAUACAAUAGUAGUGCAGUACAGCAGUUUUACUAGAGUGGUUAGAUAUUAUUACUCUAACAGUGAAACCGUUUUACUAGAGUGGAAACCCUCAAAAGAAGUAAAGAAAUCUGAAAAUGUGUCAGCAAAAACCAAUGUAGUGAUAGUGCAACAAACCCUGGAAGAAAAUACCCUCAGUAUUCAACAAACAGGUCAAUUAGAUGCUUCUAACACAGAAUCUCCGUUUUCAAAGGCCAUGAGAUGGCCAACAUUGACGGUUUCAGUUACAAAAGCCAAAAGAAACAUCUCUCUUUCUUUCUAA